AUGCAGAAGAGCCUCGGAGCCAACUCGACGGCGCGGCGGCGCCGGCUCACCGUCCUCUCCGGCAGCAAGGCGCGCCCGGCGCUGAAAUCCCUGAUCGGCAAGCCCCCUCCUCCCGCCGCCCCUGCCACCCCUGCCGCCCGGACGACCGCCGCCGAGGACGACGCGGCACUUGACCGCGACCGCACCGACCUCGCGGGCAUCGUCUCCCAGGAUAGCCUCGGAGCCAACUCGACGGCGCCGCGACGCCCGCUCAGCGUCCUCUCCGGCAACAGGGCGCGCCCGGCGCUGAAAUCCCUGGUCGGCAAGCCCCUUCCUCCCGCCGCCGCCGCCAGCCCUGCCGCCACGGCGACUGCCGCCGAGGUCGACGCGGCGCUUGACCGACUCCUCCUCGCCCGCACCGACCUCGCGGUCAUCAUCUCCCAGGUUGAUGAAUUGCUCUCUGAUGCCCUUAAAUGCGAAACUCUGUCCAAAAGAGCAACACAAGAGAUAGAAUCCUUCAAUGGCUUCUUAACAGACACUAAGGCUUCCUUCAAGCAAUGGUCUUCCAGACUGAAGCAAGCACUAGAGACUGGUCCGGUGGAAACCGAAGCUAUCUCUAAAAACACACCAGGAACGUGCCUAAAUACUGCUGCAAAAGGGAAUGGCAAGUUGAUCAGUGGCAGCAGCAAGCUACCUGAUACAGAUCCAGUAGAGUCACCUUGCAGCAACUUUACUGAGGCCGACAUGAUUGUCUCACCUUCACCACUUGUCUCAUGGCACACUGGAUCGUGUAUGGUUGAGAGCGGAAAGCAGUUGUUUCACUUGACACCAUUGCCAAAAACAGAAGCAUGCUCAUCAAGGUGCACAACAUCAAAAACCCAGAUGAAGACAGCUUCUAGCAUUGACCAGUUGAAUAAUCUUGUCAGACCUGUUUCAAAGUUAGCCAUUUCUGAUGAUAAUGAUCCUGAUCUAGAGCAAAGUGUGAAGGUAAAGGAAUCAUGGACUGGCACCAUGACACCUCAUGUUGCUCCAGCAAACAAGGUCUCACUAGAAGACAAGCUCUGUUCGCCUUGCACUUCCUCAAUUCAGAAGAGCAGAGCACUACCUAAAUCAUGCCUGAAGACAGCAUUAUCUAGCAAGCAGCAGUUGUUCUCUCCAAUCCCGGAGGGCUCAAGGAAGGAAGAUAUUGACAGCAAUGGUCCAACUGGGGAUGACAAACGUUCUGGAUCAUCAUCUGAUGAAAUCUCAAAAGAUCUGGCAUCAAGGUAUGACAUUUAUGGGCUCAAUCGACCCACCAGACAAGCCGAAGAUCCUCUUGAGUGGUUUCUAUCACCAUUAAAGACCAUGGUGUUAACAGACCCAUCAGACAAUAAUCCACUUCCAACUCCAGCUUGGACUAACAUGGAGGGAAAACUGAAUGUUCCAGAUGACAAGCCCAUCCAAACCCCUGCUGUGCAUAGCAAGGCCUUGCUUGGUACCCCCUGGAAAGGCUUGGAAAGCACGAACCUGAAGGGAAGGUUGGCUGGAGAAACUACUCUCAAGAAAGAACUGUGGACUCGAUUUGAGGCGGCUUCAGCCAAUGAGCUGCACUUUGAUAAGGCGCGCUUCCAGAAGACAGACACUAAAUGUUUCCUAGACAUGCUUGAAGAAGAGGCAUUGUGA